GACGAGUUUGGUAGCGCGGCCUACAAAGUGGUGGAAUUGGACACUCUGUUGGACGACAAGGCAAUCCAGCAUCGAGAAGUGCAAGAGUUCGAGUCGGACCUCUUCCUCUCCUACUUCACAUGCAUGCGGUGCGAGAUUAAUUGAAGCCCUAAGUUGCCAUAACCGUUUUCUAGCCCCAUUUUGA